ACAACAAUUCCAUUCAAGUCUUUUCAGAAAGAAACCGAAGCAUUAACUGAGUUAUGUUUAUACCGAAUUAUUUAAAGUUUAUUUUUGCUUUUUUAGCUAUAUAUUUGAACAAAGCUUAUUGUAAGACUAAUUAUAAGUUAAGUUUAGAUGGUACUUGGAUUGCUAAAGAGACUGAUUAUUGGUAUGAAUUUCCAACUACAGUACCUGGUGGAGUAUACACGGAUCUUAUGAACCAAGGAAUCAUCGACGAUAUUUUUUAUGGGUACAAUGAUAAUACUACCAGAUGGGUGGGUAACAUAAAUUGGACUUACGCUCUUAAUUUUACAGUGGAUCCAGGUAUUUUCGAUUACGAAAAUGUCAAUUUAGUAUUCGAAGGUGUGGAUACGUUUGCCACAAUAGAACUAAAUAAUGUUACUCUUGGUGAAACAAAAAAUAUGUUUCUUCGGUAUGUUUUUGACGUUAGGGAUAUAUUAGAGACUAAUGGCAACAACAACACAUUAAAAGUGUUCUUUGCAAAUCCAGUAGAACGAGCCUUAACAUUGUAUAAUGAACAGCUUUCUAAUAACAUGAUUCCAUCUCCAUGUCCAACUAAUGAUUUUAUGUCCGAAUGUCAUGUUAAUAUGAUCAGGAAAAUGCAGGCGUCUUUUUCUUGGGACUUCGCUCCGUCUUUUCCAAGUAUGGGUAUAUGGAAACCAGUAUUCAUAGAGUGUUUUGAUGAGUCUGCCAUUCGUUACAUACAAACGAGAGUUAUAUAUGACGACAGUUCAGAAGAAGUAGAAUGGUACUUAUCUAUAGAUACCUUUUUUGAACCAAACAGAAAAGGAUACGUUACUGGGAAUCUCUUACUUGAGAUAUACUCAUCCAACAGCGAAUUAUAUCAGUACUAUAAUGUCAAUGUCUCAGUAAGUGAAACAGGAGAAAUUUGUAAAGGAGUAAGAAUGAUUAUUGAAGAAUUUUGGUUAAAUCCCUGGUGGCCUAAUGGCUAUGGAGAUCAACCUCUUUAUGAACUUCGUGCACAAUUUGCGAAUGCGGAUAACAGGAAUGACGUUUAUGAUAGUAAAUCAAUCAUGAUGGGUGUUAAAACAAUUGAGCUCGUACAAGAACCACUUGGAAACGGAGCUACAUUUUACUUGAAAAUUAACAGAAAGCCUAUUUUUAUAAAAGGCGCCAACUUGGUCCCAUUAAACAUUUUACCAGAGUUAAUUAAAAAUCCUGACACUAUUAAAAACUUACUUCAAAGUGUCAAAGAUGCCAACAUGAACAUGUUAAGAGUAUGGGGUGGCGGUACAUAUCUGCCCCAAGAAUUUUACAACUUAGCUGACCAGCUAGGAAUAAUGAUUUGGCACGAUUUCAUGUUCAGCAGCGCCCUCUACCCUGCUAAUGAAGAGUUUUUGAAAGAUGUUUUUACUGAAGUACAACAGAACUUCAAUGAUCUUUGGCGACAUCCCUCUGUGAUGGUCUUUUGUGGAAAUAAUAAGGUGGAGCAAAUACUAGAAUCAAAAUUCAAUACUGACACAAACAAGAAUCGUUACAUACAAAAUUAUCUCGAUUUAUUCAAUGACACGAUCAAAUUUAAAGUCAACCAAACGUCGGCCGGCACCGCCAUUUUCCUAAGCUCAAGUCCCAGUAACGGAAAUUGGACUCUGGUCAACAGUUCGUCGCCUCAAGACCUAAAUUCUGAAUUGUGGGGAGAUAUACACUACUUCAAUUACACAAGUGAUCCUUGGGAUCCAAGCUCAUAUCCAAUACCACGUUUCGCAUCAGAAUACGGUUUUCAAUCACUACCGUUCGAAGAUACUUGGAUGACAGCCACCAACGAUACCUCAGAUCUGAUAUUCGACAGUCAAUUUAUGAAAUGGCGUCAACAUCGCCAGAAUGGCAAUCAAGAAAUCGCCAACCUUAUAGCUGAAAAUUUGAAUUUGCCCAGUUCAGAUAGUGAUGAUUAUAGUAGUGCCAUGAUUUAUUUAUCAGAGGUGUAUGCUGCCCAGGCUAUGAGAAUGCAAACUGAACAUUAUAGAAGGUAUCGAAGUUACUUAACUGAGGAUGGACGGGGAAUGACUAUGGGAGCUAUGUUUUGGCAUUUGAAUGAUGUUUGGGUUGCUCCCAGUUGGUCUAGUAUUGAUUACACAGGUCGUUGGAAAAUGCUCCAUUACUUUGUCAAAGACUUUUUUUCUGACGUCAUUGUCACUGGAUACAUAAACCCAAACAGGGAACUUCUUCUCUAUACUGUUAACGAUAAGCUGACUGAUGUCGAAAAUGCCACUCUCAGAGUUAGAAUCUACAAGUAUGACAGCUCAGAUUUUGAACCUGCUUACGAAAAUAGUAAUGUCUAUGAUCUGUCCUCGGGCGCUUCCAAAUUGGUGAAAUCAUUGAAAACUGAUGAGUUAUUAAGCGAACAGAAUUGUGAUGAGAACACCUGUUUUUUCCAUUUAAUACUUCAGGAUAAUACUAACGAUAGUGUGGCCAUAAGUCCUCAAAAUUAUGUGUUUCCAGGAAAGCUAAAGGAGGCCAGUCUUCCAAAAUCUAAUUUAAUUAUUGAGUCUGUAUUAAAAACAGAAAACGCCAACACUUUUGAGGUAACACUAACAUCUGACAAUAUUGCUCUAUUCGUGUGGCUGGAUUCGCAUGCGGUUAGAGGCCGAUUUUCCGAAAAUGGUUUUAUGCAAGUUUCAGCAGUAAAAACUGUUGAGUUUUAUAGCGAUUCCGAUAUUACAGCCAAUGAAUUAAAGAAAUCUUUAACUGUUCGCCAUUUGACUUCUUGAGUUAAUGAUGAUAUUUUCUUUUUAUUUAAGUAAAAUAAAUUUGGUUAUAUAUG